UGGGGAUUCUACAACAGACUGUGUGACAGAAAAGACAUUGACUCAAUAUUUGCUGAAAUUGGUGCAAAAAAGAAACCUUAUCUCACAGUGGAUCAACUGGUGGAGUUUCUCAACAAUGAGCAAAGGGAUCCGCGGCUUAAUGAAAUCCUCUUCCCCUACUGCACAAGUGAGAAGGCUCAAGCUAUCAUUGACAAGUAUGAGCCAAACAGAGAUUUCACAAAGAAGGGGCAUUUUUCAGUUCAGGGUCUCACCAGAUAUCUUAUGAGUGAUGACAAUUUUAUUAUCAACCAUGAUCGUCUGUCGCUUUAUCAAGAUAUGUCAAGACCCUUAUCACAUUAUUUUAUCAACUCGUCACACAACACAUAUCUAACAGGUGAGAUAUCUGAGGAAGUUUUUGAAGUUUANUAACAGCAGGCUAAAAUGGCAGCAUACUGUGUUAAUAUCUUCGGAGAUAUGCUUCUUGACAAGCCCUUGGAUGACUUCCCACUAGAAGAAAAGAAACCUCUGCCACCUCCAAAAGCGCUUUUGAGAAAAAUAGUGAUCAAGAACAAGAAAAGGACAACAAGGCGAGAAGAAGGGGUUGACACUGACAAGAAUCCAAUAGAGAGCACCCCAGUGAUCAGCCCUGAAGGCAGAGUGGAAGGAGUUAAUGAAGAUAUACCAACUGAAAAUGGAAACAAUAACAUUACAGAUACUGAAAAAGUAGAUCAAGAUGAAGUUGCCCCUGAGGUAGAACUCUCUGCCCUUGUGAACUACAUAGAGCCAGUGCACUUUAAAAGCUUUGAGCAUUCUGAGAAGCUCAACAGGAGUUUUGAGAUGUCAUCAUUUGUGGAAACAGGGGCUACAGCCAUACUUAAAGAAAGUCCAGUAGAAUUUGUCAAGUAUCCUUUAAUAUGCGUAAUCUCUGGCCAGUGGCUGUCUGACAAGAAGGUUGGCACAUACGUAGAAGUGGAUAUGUACGGUUUGCCUGCAGACACCAUCAGAAAAAAAUACAAAACUAAAAUAGUACCAAAUAAUGCCAUUAAUCCUGUGUAUGAUGAAGAACCUUUUGUGUUUAAGAAGGUUGUUCUACCCAGUUUAGCAGUUCUAAGAAUAGCUGUCUAUGAAGAAAGUGGGAAACUCAUUGGCCAGAGAAUACUACCAGUGGUUGGUCUUAGUCCAGGUUAUCGCCACAUAAAGCUCCGCAACGAGUCAAAUCAACCCCUUUGCCUACCAACAUUGUUUGUCCAUAUUGUUACAAAGGACUAUGUGCCAUCUGGCUUUGAAGGUGUGUGUCUUGUUCCUCUAGUUACUUUCUCAGUUUGGGUAACAGGUACCAGUUAAUAUCGACAUCCUAACACCAAGAAAUGACAUGAACUUGCAGAUUCCAUUCCAAAAAAGUGCUAAGUAACAUGUCACAAUCAGGGGUUUCAUUAAGGGGGGGGAGGGAUC